GUGCAGACGUAUUCCGGUUGUUACCUGCGGUGUAAAGUGAAUAAAUAUUUAUUAAACUGGGCUUACACUUGCGCUCACACACACAGACCAGAGACAGCAAAGUGAGCGCGCGCGCAUACAGCUAAAAAGCAGCUUGAGUGAGUAAGCGAAAGCGGCUAUACUGGUGAACAGCAUCCACGGUGCGCGUGUAACGAAAAGAGUAGAAGCUAGCUUUAUUAUUUGGAGUCGUCUGCUAGCGCUAGCUCAGUGGCAAUAGCUUGUUGACUUUUCUUCGGCAGCGAAACGUUUAUUACACUCAAGACAAGUUGCCGUCAACGUCGCCGUCGCGCUUUUUCGUUAUUAUAUUUUUAAAGGGUGUGGUGCUGCUGGUGCGCGUUCCACAUUUUGUGCACGCAAAAACAAAAUAAAUUGUUAUUUUCGCCAAUAAUUUUAUUUCCACCAUGUGGCGCGCUAAUCUAAAGUACAAUUUGUGGCCAACGGCCAGUGCACGAAUUGGAGUGCUGAUGUUGUUGGCGCUCCAAAUGGCCACGCACGCACAGGCUCAGAGAACACCCACCAUAUCGUACAUCACUCAGGAACAGAUUAAAGAUAUUGGCGGCACUGUCGAGUUCGACUGCUCCGUACAAUAUGCCAAGGAGUACAAUGUGCUCUUCCUUAAGACCGAUUCAGAUCCUGUCUUCCUCUCUACGGGCUCAACACUCGUUAUCAAAGAUUCGCGCUUUUCGCUGCGUUAUGAUCCCAACUCUUCCACCUAUAAGUUGCAAAUCAAGGAUAUACAGGAGACAGAUGCAGGCACCUACACCUGCCAGGUGGUCAUCUCCACAGUCCACAAGGUGAGCGCCAAUGUGAAACUCUCCGUGCGACGCCCACCCGUCAUAUCCGAUAACUCAACGCAAUCGAUUGUGGCCAGCGAAGGAAGCGAAGUACAAAUGGAAUGCUAUGCAAGCGGUUACCCAGUUCCGACCAUAACCUGGCGUCGUGAAAACAAUGCCAUUUUGCCAACGGAUAGCGCUACCUAUGUGGGCAACGUGUUGCGCAUCAAGUCGGUGAAGAAGGAAGAUCGCGGCACCUACUAUUGUGUGGCUGACAAUGGCGUGAGCAAAGGCGAUCGUCGUAACAUCAACGUCGAGGUGGAGUUUUCACCCGUCAUUACUGUGCCAAGGCCUCGUCUCGGACAGGCUCUACAAUACGACAUGGACUUGGAGUGCCACAUUGAGGCCUAUCCGCCACCGGCCAUUGUCUGGACCAAGGAUGACAUCCAGCUGGCGAAUAACCAGCACUACAGCAUCUCUCACUUUGCCACUGCCGAUGAGUACACCGAUUCCACACUUCGUGUAAUCACCAUCGAGAAGCGUCAAUACGGUGAUUAUGUCUGCAAGGCCACUAAUCGGUUUGGAGAGGCCGAGGCGCGUGUUAACCUAUUUGAGACCAUCAUUCCAGUGUGCCCGCCGGCUUGCGGUCAGGCGUAUUAUGGCGGAGCCGAGCAUGUUGCGGGCACUUCCUUUGUUCUGGCUAGCAUUUUAAUCGCACUAAUCUUCUCCAGAUAAGUGCGCAGAGCAAAAUCGAAGCUAAUGCUCAAGCAUGCACAUACAAACAAUCACACACACAUACAUCCAUUAAGCCGCUCUCGAAUACAGAUAUAGCAUAUACAUAUAUAUAGGUGUCUAUAUAGAGUUACAUUCCAAAAAUGUGUCGCAAGAUUCCAGCAACAGAAAAUUUUAGUUUCGUUUUAAGUUUUUGUUUUUAUUUCAGUCGCCACGUUCCAAACUUCCAAAAAUGUGUCGCAAGAUUCCAGCAACAGAAAAUUUUAGUUUCGUUUUAAGUUUUUGUUUUUAUUUCAGUCGCCACGUUCCAAACUUUGAAGUCCAUCCUAUGUGUUAUGUUAAGUUAAUUAAGUGAAUAGUUCACCAAAAUUUGCGCAGAACGUUUAUUUAUUAAGCAAAUAGCGAUUUAUUUGUAAAAAAAGAACUAGCGCGUUAACUCAACAGACUCAAUUAAGCAUUUCAAUUUUAAAUCAAACCCGUCCGUCGUUUAUUUUUAUAUUUGUAUGUACUUUUAAUUUAAUGGAAAACAAUUAAUUCAACAUCACAAUUAUAAACAUACAUACCAUACAAACAUAUAUCCAAAUACUUUCCGUUUUUAUUUGUGCAUAAUUACGAAAAUAUUUUAUUUUUAUUUAAUAAACAAUAAAGUAUUUUCAACAGCAAUGUCAAAUCUAAAACUGAAAUUCCGCUUAGUCAUAAGGGCGUAUCUCAAAAAAUUCGAAUUAUGUACGUGCAUUUAAAAAUAACGAUAAUAUCGAACGAGAAUCCGAAAAUAGACGAAGCAACCACAUUGUGUACAUCAUUUAGCUCUUAAGCUAUGCGAAAUACUUUAAAAUAACGACAAAUUUUUACCCAUUUUUUAUGGGUGUAAAUAUUAAAAUUUUCGACUUUGUAAUAAAGCUUAAAGAAAUAAAAAAAAAAUAAUAAUAAAACCAGAA